CUGUAUCGGAGUGUUUGAUGGCAAUGAGCUCAUUGUACAGUAGUCCAUCACGCAUCUGACUAGCUCCUGCUCUCCUCAUGCUGGGUAGAUUUAUACAAAGCUUCAUCACACACUCUAAUCCAGCAUUCAGGAGUCCACAGUUCAGACAGAGUUCAACAUAACAAGAUUGUCUGAUCCUCUGUAUCAACAAAACAAAAUUAAAGGUAAGAUGAAAAUGUCCUAUACAAUCUGUCUGUUGCUAAUGUCGUGUAGCUGAUUUACUGUACAUUGCUCUGUUGGUUUAUGGCACCAUUUUAAUUUAUCUUUUAUAUAUCUUUAUAACUUUGAACUGUUACUGAUAAGGAUUAACGUUUUUAAACAGAUUGAUACUGUAGUAGAUUUACCUGUGAAUGCUCCACCCUCUCUCUCACCACACCACCCCUUCUCUCCCUGCUCUCCCACUUUCUCCCUGUCUCAUUCUCUUUUCUCUCAGCCCUCUCAGUCUGUCAGUAUGAAGGUGUUAGAGGUGGGAGACUCAGUGAGUCAGUUCAGGUUGGCUGAGUCGUGUGUGGGGCUGGCAGGGUGUCUGUGUGUGGCCUACUCUGUUUGGACCCCUUGCUGGCUCAAUGACCAGGGACUGUGGUCUAUAGGCAACAACAGCACCAACACAGACAGUGAUGGUGACCAGACUGGGGGCAUCAUCUUUAACGGUGAGUCAAGAAGCUACAUUGACCGUCAGCAUCAACUUUGGCUCUGUACAGCAUCAAAUUUGGCUCUGUUUGACUCAGAAUUAGAGAUGUUUAUUACCCUUGUGUAAGCAGGGUGUAUUAAUGUCAGUGACAUGUUUAUACAAUUUAGUUUAUGAUGUUACGGUAAUACUAACUGUUUUUUAAAAUUUAUUUUACCUUUAUUUUACCAGGUUAUUCUCAUUGAGAUAGAAAUCAGAGACCUGGUUGCUAAUUCAAAGUGUGUGGUUGCACCUAAUGGAAUGCUUAAGGUAGCAGAUGUACAAGGAGAGGCUUAACUGUGAGUGUUGUUGAACAUUUUAGUUACACUUAAGGUUGGCUGUCUGCCUUUGGCACUGUGGAGUUUUCCCUCAGAAUCCCAGUGAUGUGUACAGGUGUGGACUUGCUCCUGAAGCAAUCAUCCACAUUCUCAGAGAACAGGAGGAGAGGUAGAUGGGAGGGGGAUGUUAAACUUUUAGGGCUGAAGAGGGUGUACAACAGGUAAUAUACACAUCCCAAAUUUCUCCACCAGUGCUGGGCCAAAGAAAAAGCUGAUGUUAAAGAUAGAAAAGCUUGCAUACAGUUCAUGCUGCUCCCCUGCUUUAUUCCUGCACCCAUAUACUGUAUAUAAACGGCAGCGAAAUAUGCCGUGUGGAGGCGUUUCUUCUAUUGAUUAACUUUUAGGGCCUCUCACAAACCUGACAGGUUUGUUAGGUUAGCUGUUUAGUGUGGUUUUUUAGGCAGUAAGGGUAUCUGAUUAAAGCAAUUGCCUCUCACUGUUGUUCUCUGUUUAGUAUGACAUCAAAGAGGGACAAUGUUAGAAUGAUAGAUCAGCAGUCAAUUUGACAAUAAAUGACAUUGUGUAUUGUCAUUGCAUUGACAUUGACAAUGGUCCUUGUAUUCGUCUCCGUUCAGAAUAAUUAUUGGGAUCUUGAAGAGUUUUUCAGAAGUGACAUAGCCGGUUGUUAUUGCUCUCUCUUCUAUGUUGGACUUGAAUAUAGCCUGCAGAUGUAGACAGGUUUAGACAUGAACUCUAGUUCACUGCUGAGAGGAAGAAGAGCUCAACGCCCACAUAACUGAGAAACACUGUCCGAGGCAGAAAUUAUUACAAGUCACUGUAAAAUCAUGUGUCACUGUUUACAUAUUAUAACCCCUCUGUGUGUGUGUGUGUGUGUGUGUGUGUGUGUGUGUGUGUGUGUGUGUGUGUGUUAUGUAUGUGUGUGUGUGUGUGUGUGUGUGUGUGUGUGUGUCUUCAGCCCUGGAGGCAGAGCAAGUGUUUGGGGUACUGUCCUUCUUCAUGGCUGUGAAUUCGGGGGCUCUGUGCCUCGUGUUCGCCCUCUGCUGGACAUCCCAGACAGUGCGCUCCUACUCCAACACCCGUUCCCUCCUCAUGUCAGGCCAGGCCCUCUACCCCACCGUCCUGCUAAUCCUCACUCUGGGACCCACAGGUCAGUAUGGGUCCAGGGCACAGGCCUGAAAGGAAGAAAGUGUGCAUGUGUAAAGUAUUGGAACAGGGGCUUUGAGUCCACAUCCUGCAAGAAUCUAUCUAUGUUGCUUUUAACGAUGCAAAACAUGUUUUGAUCAGUGGAGGCUCCUCAGAGGAGGAAGAGGGGGACCAUCCUCCUCAGUGAAUUUCUUACAAAUAAAAAUGGUAAAACAUUAAAAAGUUAUCAUUUUUAGAUAAAACUCUACUAAAUAUAUUAUCGUCACCAAAUAAUUGAUGAAAACACACUGUUUUGCAAUGAAGGUCUACAGUAGCCUCAACAGCACUCUGUAUGGUAGCACCAUGGUGUAGCCGGAGGACAGCUAGCUUCCGUUUUCCUCUUGGUACAUUGACUUCAAUACAAAACCUAGGAGGCUCUUGGUCCUCACCCCCUUCCAUAGACUUCCGGAGGACAUGCUCCAACUUAUCAGAGCUCAUGCAGUAUAAACUGACAUGUUGUCUACCCAAUCAAAGGAUCAGAGAAUGAAUCUAGUACUGAAAGCAUAAGCUACAGCUAGCUAGCACUGCAGUGCAUAAAAUAUGCUGAGUAGUUGACUCAAAGAGAGAGAAAGCCAAUAGUUGAACAGUUCUGAACAAAAUAAUUUCUUCAAAAAUGAAGGAGAAGCGAGAGAGAGAGAGAGAGAGAGAGAGAGAGAGAGAGAGAGAGAGAGAGAGAGAGAGAGAGAGAGAGAGAGAGAGAGAGAGAUUUCGUAUUUUUAUUUCACUUUCAGUUUCACGUAGCUAGCGAAUGCAGCUAGCUAGUUUAGCCUACUCAAAACACCCGGCUAAAACAGAGGGAUGCUUUGUUAGCUUGCUGGCUAUGACUAUCCAACACAACACUGGUACUUUUCCAAGUCAGGGUAAGCUUUUGGUUUUAUUAAUUUAUUUCCAUCGGUGCCCGCCGGUGUAACCGCUAUACUGCUUAGUGACUGUAACGUUACUGCAUGAUUGUAGGGGCUUUACGAACGCAUUAGUUAUAUUAGCUAUGUUGACUAGGACGUUACUUUAGCUAAUAAGGUGACAACGAUGUAGGCCGUGUGUAGCGGUUAGGAUAUGGUUUGGCUUGAAAAGGUUUUAUCGCCUGGUCACAUACUGCUGAUGUGUUGUGCAUUGAAGUCCACAAACGAAGGGAAAAGGUGAGUGAACUGUGUUUACAAGUGAUCAGGGGUGUAUUCAUUUAUUUUAAUAUUUUUUUUUGUUAAUUUUUUUUAUUUAAUCUUUAUUUAACCAGGUAAGCCAGUUGAGAACAAGUUCUCAUUUACAACUGCGACCUGGCCAAGAUAAAGCAAAGCAGUGCGAUAAAAACAACAACACAGAGUUACAUAUGGGGUAAAAAAACAUAAAGUCAAAAAAUACAACAGAAAAUAUAUAUACAGUGUGUGCAAAUGUAGCAAGUUAUGGAGGUAAGGCAAUAAAUAGGCUAUAGUGCAAAAUAAUUACAAUUAGUAUUAACACUGGAAUGCUAGAUGUGCAAGAGAUUAUGUGCAAAUAGAGAUACUGGGGUGCAAAAGAGCAAAAUAAAUAACAAUAUAGGGAUGAGGUAGUUGGGUGGGCUAAUUUCAGAUGGGCUGUGUACAGGUGCAGUGAUCGGUAAGGUGCUCUGACAACUGAUGCUUAAAGUUAGUGAGGGAGAUAAGAGUCUCCAGCUUCAGAGAUUUUUGCAAUUCAUUCCAGUCAUUGGCAGCAGAGAACUGGAAGGAAUGGCGGCCAAAGGAGGUGUUGGCUUUGGGGAUGACCAGUGAGAUAUACCUGCUGGAGCGCAGACUACGGGUGGGUGCUGCUAUGGUGACCAAUGAGCUAAGAUAAGGCAGGGAUUUGCCUAGCAGUGAUUUAUAGAUGGCCUGGAGCCAGUGGGUUUGACGACGAACAUGUAGUGAGGACCAGCCAACAAGAGCGUACAGGUCACAGUGGUGGGUAGUGUAUGGGGCUUUGGAGACAAAACGGAUGGCACUGUGAUAGACUACAUCCAAUUUGCUGAGUAGAGUGUUGGAGGCUAUUUUGUAAAUGACAUCGCCGAAGUCAAGGAUCGGUAGGAUAGUCAGUUUUACGAGGGCAUGUUUGGCAGCAUGAGUGAAGGAGGCUUUGUUGCGAAAUAGGAAGCCGAUUCUAGAUUUAACUUUGGAUUGGAGAUUCUUUAUGUGAGUCUGGAAGGAGAGUUUACAGUCUAACCAGACACCUAGGUAUUUGUAGUUGUCCACAUACUCUAGGUCAGACCCGUCGAGAGUAGUGAUUCUAGUCGGGUGGGCGGGUGCUAGCAGCGUUUGAUUGAAGAGCAUGCAUUUAGUUUUACUAGUGUUUAAGAGCAGUUGGAGGCUACUGAAGGAGUGUUGUAUGGCAUUGAAGCUCGUUUGGAGGUUUGUUAACACAGUGUCCAAUGAAGGGCCAGAUGUAUACAAAAUGGUGUCGUCUGCGUAGAGGUGGAUCUGAGAGUCACCAGCAGCAAGAGCGACAUCAUUGAUAUACACGGAGAAAAGAGUCGGCCCAAGAAUUGAACCCUGUGGCACCCCCAUAGAGACUGCCAUAGGUCCAGACAACAGGCCCUCCGAUUUGACACAUUGAACUCUAUCUGAGAAGUAGUUGGUGAACCAGGCGAGGCAGUCAUUUGAGAAACCAAGGCUAUUUAGUCUGCCAAUAAGAAUGCGGUGGUUGAGAGAGUCGAAAGCCUUGGCCAGGUCGAUGAAGACGGCUGCACAGUACUGUCUAUUAUCGAUCGCGGUUAUAAUAUCGUUUAGGAUCUUGAGCGUGGCUGAAGUGCACCCAUGACCAGCUCGGAAACCGGAUUGCAUAGCGGAGAAGGUACGGUGGGAUUCGAAAUGGUCGGUGAUCUGUUUGUUAACUUGGCUUUCAAAUACUUUCGAAAGGCAGGGCAGGAUGGAUAUAGGUCUGUAACAUUCCGCCGACUCUGUUGAAAAACGUUUCUUAAACGGAAGCAAACGGAACGAAACGGGGAUAAAUGUGUCGCUGUGUGCAGCUACGUUGUAAACGUUCAUUCAUAGGCUAGGUUGUAACAACCUCAUGAUGGGAAAAUUUGAUUAUCACGUAGAUGCCUAAACCUAUCGAUGUUACAUUGAACUGGGUUAAUGGAAUAUGAAUGACAGUCAUCCAAUAUGCUGUAAUAGAAAUAAGGCCAUGCUCAUACAAAAAAAAUCAUCCACCCUCAUCAUAAACGGCACUGACCGCCACUGGUUUCGAUAGAAGAUUUCCCAUUCCUGUCACUGCUUAUGUUAAUCUAGUUUCCCUUCUGCUUACUCCUGCUUUAUGGGGGAGGAGCUUUUGUCGAGUGUUUUCACACAGGUAUGUUAGUAAAGAUGGAUUGCUUGUGUAUUGCCUACAGUAAACACUCAGAUUCCUCUGUCUAGACUCCUUCUAUCUACUGAUGAUGACCUGACGGACUCCGCUCUUCCCUUCUCCUCCCUCUCUGUCUCUCUAGGAUUAUUUUUCCUCCUCAGCUGGUCCCUCUUCACCUACCAGCACCGGGCAGAGAUCAGCGAUGACUUUACCUGCCUGGGCUCCUCCUUUUGGCUGGGCGCCCUGGGCUGGGCCCUGCUAUUGGUUGCUCUGCCUGUGGUCUUCCUGGUGGAGCAGUGUGUGGUCCCGGACAUCCUGCCAGAUCUCAUGAAGGCCGCUGAAGGGUGGCGGGGCGCUUCCCAGGUACCGUACGUCCAGCGCUUGUUCACCGUGAGUCACCAGCAUUGUCAUGAAGACCAGAGUGAUGAAGACGUUGAGAGAGGGCUGAGGAGGUACAUGUCUGUACCCUGAGAGGAGGAAUAGAGAGGACACAGGACAGUGAUGGUGUAUUAGUGUAACCUUCUUCAGGUUCAGACACUGAGCUGACUGCAGAACUGGACUGGACUGAGCACACAGCUGAUAGGGGUCCAUGUUCACUAGGGAGAGGAGCUUCUAGUCCAUGUCUGUAUCAGAGAUUUCUCCACUGUAGGAGAAUGUUCACAGAAGCACUCUGAAAAUAUGUAAUAUUAGACAAAUAAAAUAAAAUGUUGUUGGUCGCACACACAUAUUUUGCAGAUGUUAUCGCAGGUGCAGCGAAAUACUUAUGUUUCUAGCUCCGACAGUGCAGU